UUUGGGAGUGUGCGGACCGCGAAGGAACAGUGUCGCUGCGGCCCGACAUCUGAGGCUGGGAUGCUGCGCCUGGCACCAGCAGUGAGCGGGACAGGGAGAGUAGCCGGGCUUGCUUGGAAAAGGGCGUCUGAGCCGAGUCAGGGGAAAGGUCAAGGUACAAGUGGAUGAGGAAAGGGAGAAUAAUGAAAGGACGAAAUGUCUUUCUGGCUCGCUAACAACAAAAAGUGAUGGGCUGUGGGACAAGCAAAGUGCUGCCCGAGCCACCUAAAGAUGUCCAUUUGGAUCUAGUUAAAACUGUGGAGCCAUACACUGGUCAACACAGUGAUAAGUACAAGCACUUUAUUAAAUAUGAUGCCAUCAAGAGUGGCGGCAAGACAGGCCAACCACCGCCUCAUCAGACAAAUGCGUACCAACAAACUGGACACUGGGACCAGCAAAAUGAUCCUAGGAGGAAUAAAGUGGCCAAAUACCGUGCAAAGUUUGACCCAAGAGUGACUGCAAAAUAUGACAUCAAGGCACUGAUUGGUCGAGGAAGUUUUAGUCGAGUGGUCAGAGUGGAGCACAAAAGCACUAAACAGCCUUAUGCAAUAAAACUGAUUGAAACUAAGUACAAAGAAGGUAGAGAAGUGUGUGAAUCCGAACUCAACGUCCUCAGGAGAGUGAGACACACCAAUGUCAUACAGCUCAUUGAAGUAUUUGAGACUCAAGAGAGAGUGUAUAUGGUGAUGGAAUUAGCAACUGGGGGUGAACUUUUUGACAGGAUUAUAGCCAAAGGCUCCUUUACUGAAAGAGAUGCCACUAGAGUGCUGCAGAUGGUUCUUGAAGGAGUUAAAUAUUUGCAUAUACUAGGCAUCACGCAUAGAGAUCUGAAACCUGAAAACUUGCUGUAUUAUCACCCAGGUGCUGACUCCAAAAUUAUGAUCACAGAUUUUGGAUUAGCGAGCACUCGAAAGAAAGGUGAUGACUGUCUCAUGAAGACUACCUGUGGCACCCCAGAGUAUAUUGCUCCCGAAAUCCUUGUGAGGAAGCCUUACACAAACUCUGUUGACAUGUGGGCGUUGGGUGUAGUUUCCUACAUUUUGUUAAGUGGAACUAUGCCCUUUGAAGAUGAUAAUCGUACACGAUUAUAUAGACAGAUAUUGAAGGGUAAAUACAGUUACUCAGGGGAGCCAUGGCCCAGUGUUUCAAACCUAGCCAAGGACUUUAUAGACCGACUGCUUACUGUGGAUCCCAGUGAAAGACUGACUGUGGGCCAGGCCUUGAAGCACCCCUGGAUAGUAAGCAUGGCAGCCUCCUCCUCUAUGAAGAACCUGCAUCGCUCUAUAUCUCAGAACCUUUUGAAGAGAGCUUCAUCUCGAUGCCAAAGCAUCAAGUCAGCCCAGUCCACAAGAUCUAGUCGGUCCACAAAGUCCAACAAGUCGCGGAGAGUACGAGAGCGGGAACUGCGAGAGCUUAAUUUACGGUACCAACAGCAGUACGAGGGCUGAAAAGGACUUGGAGCAUUUUUACACAAUGUUGCCUUUCACUGUGCACUUUUUAUUCAUGUAUCUCUCAACAGCAAGUUGACCAUUGUGGAUUCAGGAGAGUUUACACAAACCACUUCCUGCCAAUUUAAAAGAAAAAAUUGCUUGAAUUAAUUUCCAAUUGUUACUGCAAACUUAAUUGCUAACUCUCAGAAGAUAAAACUGACCAAUGUUCAAAAUUCUAGUGGAAAAUAUUGAGCCAAUAAGACUUUUUCUAAUUAAAUUAGCUAAAUGUAAAUGAUUAAAUGACUACUGUACAUAAUGAGGCCAUUUACAGGAGUAAACUUUGAUUGGCAUAUCUAAAAUUGCUCUAAAAAGGGCUAGAAAUGCUGAGCCUUGAUGUGCUGGUUAUAUUUCAUAAGUUCCAGUUAAUUCCAGUUUUAUAAGCUUGUGUUUGUAAUUGUAUUGCUGUCUUCUCCAUAUACACUAUUUUCAAUACCUUAAUCUGGUAACGUUGACUCCCAUUUUGCAAAAGAAACCAUUACUGGUUUUUAAUACAUCCAAGAUAUAAAUGAAAGUUUCUGACUCAAAUAUGCAUAAUAGAUACUUAACCUGCCAAGGAAAUGUCUGAAGUUUGAUGUAGGUGCACCAGGAAUGCAUACUAAGGCAGCUUUUUACAAACUUGUACUUUUUCUAUGUUUUAAACUCUUUCUUACAGUUGCACAUCUUUCUUUUGCAUUCAACAAUGAAUGCAAUGAAAGCAAUUCAAUUUUUCUCAGCAAAAAUAUUUUGUUACAUAUAUAAAUUGUUUAAUAAGCCACGAGGCUAAAAAAACAAAAAUCACAAUCACUGCAUGCACUAACUUUAUGUGCACUUCAUCAAUAGUUCUUCUGUUACACUAUAACUCCUGAUGCAGUGUCCACUGGCGCAAACAUGGAUUUACCCCAUGUUGACAGUGGUGGCAAUAUGGCUUGCAUCUGCACCAUCCUGUCCACUGCUGGUCUGAGCCCUUAUCACUUCUCUCACUACCUUCCGACUGCCAUCCUGUGAUGCCUCUCACCGAGGCCUCAGUGCCUCCCGCUCACAGCCUCUUGCCUGAGCCCUUACCAUCCUUUCCAUUGCCCUUGCUGGAGACCUCACUUGCUGCCCCUCUCCUGCACUUACAGCACAAUUAGACAUGGAGAAAACUCCCUGCACAUUGUCCCAUUGCACACUUCCUAGGAAAGAUACAACAUGGAUCUCCUGCAAUAAUACCUGAUACUCAAUCUGCUUAAGCAUUGCAAUUUUUAUUUUAAAAAAUGCAGGUGUUUUUUAGAGAAGAAGGUAUAGCAUUGUUUGUAGUUUCCAGUUCAAGGUGUAAUUUUUUUCCUGGCUGUGUUUGGCCUGUACCAUCUUUGAUGUUGACAACUGCCUGGGAUAUCGUUGGCAGUGAUAUCCCAGGCACUGCAACUGCAUGUGCAUGGCGUGCGCCCUCUGCAGAGGUGUCAUCACCUAACUCUGCCCUUUCAUUAACCUAGGUGUGCAUGUCCAAAUAAGUGAUCAUGAAUUUAGUUUGUGGUUGUGCCUUUAAUGAGUAUCCCAAAAGCAGUCAUAAUUAGAAGCAGAAUUAGCCCAUUUUCAAAUUUGCCCGUUUUAAUUUAAUGGUAUCACAGGUGAGAUGAAAGAGGAGAGAUUGUUCAAUUAAUGAUGAUGUUGUAAGUCAGCUGUGGAUAUUAUUGUGAGUUGCUGCCAUACCAAAUGUAUGCAAGCAAUAACCUCAAUUUGAACAAACCCAUAGCUUCUUUCAACCUAUUUUAAAUUCUGUUUUAAAACUGCGUUUAUUUUCUUCCUCUGGAUCUUCACAUGUGAUUUCCAGGCUGAGUGGGUGGGUAAGCAGGUGACCUGUUGUCAGACCUCAAUUGUAGUAUGUGUACAACAUCAGCCCAGGAUGACUUAUUCAAUUUGUCAUUCUGCAGCUGGGUUAGUCUUUACCUCCUCAAGGGUAUUAGAGCCACCAUACCCAAUAAUGGAGGUGCAGGUACAGACCUGUGUCCAUCCUCAAAACACAACUGUUUUGAAUGAAGAUCAUUUGUCCUCUAAUUCUUUGCGUAUUAGUUUGAACUGUGUCAUACUUUGGUGAGGCAUUUGUCUCUGACACAGGGCAGUAAAUAGUACUGUUAUGCAGAUUCAUACUUAUGAUAUUCCUGCACCAGGUCCCACUUACUUUUCACCCCUAAGCUUGCUAACCCACGAUGACUCCAGGUCCCUUGACAUCUCCAAAGUAAAAUUAUUAUUCUUACGUUUAUAUUCCUUCUUGGUCUUACCCUUCCCUAUCUAUCUAGUCUCCUCUAGCCCUCCAACUUGCCUCACCGUCCUCUUGAACUCUAUAUUUCUCUGGCAGGUAUUUUGUGCUUCCCGCUCCAAUGCCUCAGCAUUGACAGCCCUGCCUUUAGUUGUAUAGGUCCCGUGCUCUGAAAUUCCUUCCCUCUCCCUUUCUCUCCUCCUCUAAGUGGAGAAAUAAAAAUUUUGUUCAUGCAGUGAUGCAGUGUGUUGUGAAAAUCAGUAAUGCACUAACUGAAAAGGUGUGGAUGAAGGUUCAGCUUUCAAAAGGAAAUUGGACAUUUAUUUAAGAAAGAAGAAUGUGCAGGGCUAUGGGGAAAGUGCAGGGGAGUGGACUAAUUGGAUAGCUCUUUCAAAGAGCCAGCACAGGCAUGAUGGGCCAAAUGGUCACUUUCUGCACUGUAAAUUUCAAUGAUUUGAAUCUCCUUAAAAUCAACCUCUUUGAUUAAACUUUUGGUUUAGUGUGAGUUCUUGUCUGAUUAUUUCUCUGUAAAGCACCAUGGAAAGCUUUUCCGCAUU